AUGAAGAAGUUUUUUGGAAAACCCAAAAACCACGCCGCCAACGUCUCUUCCUCGUCCGACGCCGCAUCUGGCGCACACCACUGCGAAGACGACCCAGUCUACUUGCCUUCGCCCGUCCGGUCAGAACCAGCCUCGCCGCGAAUUAGCAGGUCGCCCACGAAGCACUAUUCUGCCUUGUCUUCGUCGCCUACCAAGACCACAGCCUCCUCGUCUCCGUCCGUCUCCGCCACCAUCUCGUCGCGGCCGCGGCCCACGUCGCCUUCCCAGCCGCCCCAGCUGAAGAAGAGCAGCUCUGCGUCGUCCUCGUCGACCCGUCGUCAUCCCUCUUCGCGCCACCACGUCUCGGCCACGGUCGAUCUGAAUCCUCUGAGUCCUCUGAGUCCUCUGAGUCCUCUGAGUCCUUCAUCGUCUCGCCGCAAGAAGCCCGACCCCUCCGCCACCCACCCGCUCAACCUACCGCCAGAGGAACGCAGCAAGCGCCUGUCCCACCUGUCGUCGGUGCCUAUCGCCCGCGCUUCGUCUCUGGACACGGACAGGGACCUCACGCCCGGCCUUGCCUCUGAUACGGCCAGCCGUCCGUCCUCGCCUCCGCCGUCUUACGAGUCUGUGUCCCCCUCGCCGCCGAAGCGGUCGUUCAGGUCGAGACAGCAGCGAUCACAGUCGCCCCCUCAGAUGUCCUCGCCCCCAAUGCAGUCGUCCCCGUUGCCGGACGCCGCCGCUGGCGCCGCUUCUGCGGCUGCUGCACCUGUGCCGGCUGCCAAUGGCUCCGCAGCCAACGGUGCUGCUGAGAGCGUGCCCGUGCCCCCACCCCACAAGACCCCGGCCUCCUCGGCCAUCGACGAGGCUGAGGCUUUUAAGAAUGCCGGCAACUCAUUCUUCAAGGAAAAGAACUUUCCGCGUGCCAUUGCAGAGUACACAAAGGCUGUCAACCUGCAGCCACUCUCGGCCACGUACCUGAGCAACCGUGCAGCGGCGUUCAUGUCGGCCGGCAACUACUCGGCCGCCCUGGACGACUGCCAGCGGGCUGUCGAGCUGGACUCUCACAACGCCAAGAUCCUGCUGCGGCUGGCGCGGAUCUAUGCCAGCCUCGGCCAGCCCGAGGAUGCGGUGCUCACGUUUGGCCGCAUCCAGCCACCGCCAUCGGCCAAGGACACGGCGGCGGCCAAGGAGAUGCUGCAGCACGUCAACGCGGCGCGCGACGCCCUGAAGAACGGCACGGCCGGCUCUAUGGUGCUGCAUGCCCUCGACAUGGCCACGCGGCUGCUCGGUCCGGGCGCCCUGCAGCCGCGUAAGUGGCAGCUGAUGCGCGGUGAGGCCUACCUCAAGAUGGGCGGCGAGAACAACAUUGGCGAGGCGGCCAACAUUGCCAUCUCGCUGCUGCGCUUCAACAACAAGGACCCCGAAGCCAUCAUCCUGCGCGGCCGCGCGCUGUACGCCCAGGGCGACAACGUGCAGGCCGAGCGGCACUUCCGUCGCGCCAUCGAGAUGGACCCGGACCUGAAGGAGGCCAUCAAGUGGCUGCGCAUCGUCCAGAAGCUCGACCGCAUGAAGGAGGACGGCAACAGGGAGUACAAGGCUGGCCGGUGGCAGUCGGCCAUUGAGAAGUACACGGCGGCACUGGCGGUCGAUCCCAGCAACCGCAGCAUCAACGCAAAGCUGCUGCAGAACCGCGCGCUCUGCAACCUCAAGCUGAAGCUGUACGACGCCGCCAUCGCCGACUGCGACGCCGCCGUGACGCUGGACCCGCAGUACGCCAAGGCACGGCGGACCAAGGCCAACGCUUACGGCCAGGCCGAGCGCUGGGAGGAUGCGGUGCGUGAGUGGAAGGCCCUGCAGGAGCGGGAGCCCGAGGACCGCACGCUGGCCAAGGAACUGCGGCGGGCCGAGCUGGAGCUGAAGAAGAGCCAGCGCAAGGACUACUACAAGAUUCUCGGUGUCGCCAAGGACGCCGACGAGAAGGAGAUCAAGAAGGCCUACCGGAAGCUGGCCGUCAUCCACCACCCGGACAAGAACCCGGGCGACGAGCAGGCCGAGGCCCGCUUCAAGGACGUGGCCGAAGCCUACGAGACUCUGAGCGACCCACAGAAGCGUGCGCGCUACGACAGCGGCGAGGACCUAGUCGAUCCGUCCGAGAUGUUUGGCGGUGGCGGCGGCAUGCAUGGCGGCAUCGACCCGGAGAUCCUGUUUAGCAUGAUGGGCGGCCAGGGCGGUGGUGGCGGCGGCUUUGGUGGUGGAGGCUUCGGCGGCGGCUUUCCCGGUGGUGGUGGCGGCGGCGGCUUCCACUUCAACCAGUCGGGUGGCUCCCGGCAGCGAGGCUUCCCGGGCGGCUUCCAGUUCCAGUGA